AUGGAACAAGCAAACAUGCCCACUUUUGAUAUCUCUGAUGCGGAAAAGGGAAUUGUUCAGAGCCCACAGAGCUUCGGCGAAGCUUCCAUUGAUGGCAAUAGCCGAGCAACGACCUUAGCCCUGAAAGAGACAAAUCGGCAUGACUUCACGCAUAAUGAGACGGGUAAGAGCGUUACAAAAGCCAAGCCCACGGCAGCUGAAAUCGAACGCGAGAUCAUGGAGACCAAAACAAUACCGUUAGAAGAUUAUCCAGAAGGUUAUCCCCGUCAAGCAGCAUUCCAAUCGAGUGAGCCGAGCUGGUCGAUUUAUCGUGGAUUCAACUACCUGCAUUCUCGCGUUAUCUUGGAGCUUCAGGACGAGCUCCGCUGUCUAGAGAAAGGCCUCACAGACAUGGACUUGAUCGAUUCUAAGAACGGUAACGAGAAGCCAUUACGGUCUCGAAGCGGAGAUCUUGUGCAGGCCAAAAGAGCAAAGACUACGAGCAAGCGUGCGCACAUCAUCAACGAGAUCAGAUGUAAACUCGUGAACUAUGACGAGAUACUGUCCAAAGCACGCGACCUUAACGCGUUCCAACGUCCAUCGAAGCGUGAUUACCGCAACUUUCGGACGUGGUUCUAUAACGUGAAACCACUGACUAACGACUCUGAAGAAGAGUUCAUAAUGCGUAAGGAAGACCUCGUGUCACUUCGACAUGGCCGAGAAUGGUCAGGUUUCGACGGUUUUAUCGAAUCGUGCCUUCGUAGAGUGCAUUGUCGUCUUACUCAGAAAAUGUUCGCGACCAAGGAGCUUCGCGAAAAGACCAGCGACAAGUGCACAUUUUACUACUCACAGUCACGUAUCGAGAAGCUUGUUGGGCUGAUCAUCACUGUUAUGAUAUUUGUCUUAUUAGUCUUGCCGGUCGUGGCUAUGUACCAGCUGACUUCGGUCGGUGACCGCAAUUCUACUUUUGACGCUGUUGGUAUCCUGGUUGUCUUCACGCUUCUAUUCUCGGCAGCCAUGUCACUUGUGACAAAGGCGAAGCGGCAUGAACUCUUCGGAGCUAGUGCGGCAUAUUGCGCAGUACUGGUCGUUUUCAUCAGCAAUUUUAAUAACGACGGAAACCACCAGCCUGAGUGA